AUGUCAGCAUUACUCCAUCGGAUUUGCGUAACUCCAAGUAGAAGGAGAAAGGCUUUGCUCUCAGGCAAUAAUGGGUACGCGAAGGAGUCAGGAUUCACAUCGGUGCCUCCAAUCGAAGUUAAGUUUAUUGAGUCUGCUGGUUGAGGUGUGUUUGCUACUCGCAGAAUCGGGGCUGGCGAACUCAUCCACUCUGCAAAACCCAUCAUCUCUCACCCUUCUCUUUCUUCACUUCAUACCAUCUGCUAUUUAUGCCUCACAAAGCUAAAAUCAAAUAUCCCCUUUUUUUGUAGUGACCAAUGUAGACAUCAAUCCAAGAUAUAUGAGAACUUUUCCGUAAGCUUUUUUUCUACUUUACAUAAAGGUUGUCUAAAUCAAGGCCUAAAGUAUCAACUUCUGGUCAAGAGAUUGGCUUGCACAAUUAUAUCUGGAGCCGCCACUCCAAAAACUCUUGACAUACUUCAGACAGCAACAUUAUCUUCCAAAAUGAUUUUACUG